AUGGCGUACAAAGUUGGGUUACUACUGGCAGCACUCUUCGUUGGGAGUUUAGCUUUCCCAAAACAGGAUACCGAUGUAUCCACGCUGUACGGACACUCAGAUCCGACGGGACGGAUCGUAGGCGGAUCCGUGGCACCCCAGGGUAGUAUACCCUACAUGGUGGCGCUGACCAACGGACUCCUGGUGCGGAACUUCCUUUGUGGAGGCUCCCUUGUGAGCAACCGACAUAUCCUCACUGCUGCCCAUUGCAUUAACGCUGUCUUCUCUGGUGGAUCACUAAGCAAUUCGCUACGUGCGACUGUGGGCACCAACCGUUGGAAUCUUGGCGGCGUUAACUACAACAUAGCAAGAAACAUCACCCACCCCAACUACGUGCAGGCGGCCAUCAAGAACGACAUUGGUCUACUGGUCACCUCUACUAACGUCGCUCUCUCCAAUACAGUACGGAUCGUCGCCUUGAACUAUGACUUCAUUGGUGCCAAUGUCGCUACAAGAGUUUCCGGAUGGGGAAGAGUUAGACAAAACGGUGCACUCUCCGCGGAACUGCUGCAACUAACCAAAAACACGAUCGACGGCGCGCGCUGUGUCAGUGAGGUGGCUCGUUUGUCGAACCAGUUCAACAUUAGGGCCCCGCCUGUAGAGCCGCACAUCGAAAUUUGUACCUUCCACUCCGCAAACCAUGGCACUUGCAACGGUGACAGUGGCAGUCCACUGGUACGAGUGGACCGCAACCAGCAAAUCGGUAUAGUGUCGUGGGGACUGCCUUGUGCGAGAGGCGCACCAGACAUGUUUGUCCGCGUCAGCGCCUACAGGAACUGGCUUCAACAAAAUAUUCGCUAA